UUUUCAUUCUCACUAAAAUGUUUCAAGAAAAGGCAUUUCUAUCACCAAGAAAAACCCCAGUGCAAUAUCACGAAAGGAGAUUGCGUCGCAGAUGAUAAAAGGAGAGAACAGUUCUGUAAAAGUAGCUGUUUCAGAAUUCCUGAGAAUUGUGAAAACCAUAAAGGAGUUGACUUGUUUGGAAAAGACCAAAAAUACCAAUGUCACUGUAACCACCUUAGAGACUGUCGCUUCCGGAUCCUUAGUAAAUGUAAAAAUGGAUGCUUACUUGGAUAUAAAGAGCCAUAUUGCCAAACACGGAAAUAUCAUGAAUUCAUAAAGAACGAGGGGAAUAAGUAUUCGUAUUUAUUUUCCUCUGAUAACAAAAAGGAAGUGAAACCUCCGAUUAAAAUACAUCUUAGAAACACAUACAGAUUUAAUACUGUAGAAAUUUACAGUCAUUAUACUGAUGCAACAAUGAAGAUUACGUAUCCGAUUGGAAUGGACUGCAAACUAAACUCAGAUGGAAAUAAGAUAAUUUGCACUGGUGAUGUGAUGGCUAGAGACUUGUAUAUCAACGGGAAGGCAAAAGUUUAUCGUAUUACAUUACAUGGAUGUCCACCAGAAUUGUACGGAGAAAACUGUACAAAUGAAUGUCAUUGUUCUCGAGGGGAAUCAUGUCACCAAAUAUCUGGGUUCUGUAAAAAUGGCUGCGAAGAUGGAUGGCAUGGAGAGAAGUGUGACAAGAAAACAUAUGUCAAUAUUGCUCAAGGUAAACGAACAAAUCAAGCAGGAUAUGGAAAAAAUGCAUACGUUUUCGACAAUGGAUCAUGUAAGACCACGGAACUACAAAUGACAUCCGACAAGGCGGUUGACGGUAAUUUUGACCCUGCAUUCCUACAUAAAUCAUGUGCACAAACUAAAAUAGGUACUGAGUUACACUGGCAAGUGACGUUUGAUGAACCAUACGUGAUAUCUCAACUGAGAAUAUACAAUCGAAUGAAAGACCGUCUCAGGCUGAGAGGAUUUAAAGUUUAUCUUGGAUCUUCUCUUUGUUUUGAAAGUAGACAUCAUGAACAUAACGAACAAGUAAUUCAUGUUAAAUGUGAAAAACCAGUAAGUUCAAGUAAUGUCAAAAUAUCGUUAGAAGGAAGUGAGAGACAGCUUACCCUAUGUGAAGUGGAAGUAUUACAAUGUGUUCAUGGAUUCUAUGGAGAUAUGUGUAUGGAACGUUGUGAAUUGUGUGUAGAUUCUAAAUGUGAUCAAGUCACGGGAUGUGAGCAAGGUUGCGUUUCAGGAUAUUACUGGGACAACUUUUUCAGGAAGUGCAAAGAAUGUGUUCCUGGAUUCUAUGGAGAUAUGUGUAUGGAACGUUGUGAAUUGUGUGUAGGUUCUAAAUGUGAUCAAGUCACGGGACAUUGUGAGGAAGGUUGCAUCACGGGAUAUGACUGGGACAAUACUUCCAAGAGAUGCAAAGAAAAAACAGAGAAUAACCUGGUUUCUAUGAUAGUUCCAUUGAUUCUGUUGAUCGUCCUAAUCAUGGUAAUGGCGGUUGCAAUUUGGUAUUGUAGGAAAAAAAGGCCAGUUGUAAAACGUGAUGUGAGAAUGCGCAAAGUAUCGGGAAAUAUAUAUUCAGAAGGCAUUUCUGGAGAUACAGCACAUCUCUCUGGAGAAAUAUCGUUGGACGAAAGAGAAAGUAUAUGCAUCAUCUUGUCUAGUUCUUCAUUUAAGCAAAAUCUACUGAAAUAUGUUGCUCAUAAAAAACAGGAAGCGGAACCAUUUAAUAAGGAAUUCCAGAGGCUGCCAAAACUCUUACCAAUGCCUUAUAAUGAAGCAAUGAAACCUGAGAAUGCAAAGAAGAAUCAGUAUAAAACUAUACUUCCAUACGAUCAUUCACGUGUGAAACUUCAACCUGACGAGAUUUCUUCCUCAGAUUACAUCAAUGCAAACUUCAUCUGUAACCAACGUUAUAUUGCUUGUCAAGGUGCUACACAAAGUACAGUGACAGACUUUUGGAGGAUGAUUUGGCAAUUAAAAUGUAAUAUUAUUGUUCUACUGGAAGAUAUGAAUGCCGCAGGAAAGGUACGUUUUAAGAAAUAG